ACUCCGCCCCAGCUGCUUUCUGGCCCUUCACCCACGGACCGCGCCCGUCAGACAGCCAGCAUCUGAGGGACCUGCCCUCUGAGCAGGACGCAGUGAUGUCGACUGUGGGGGCCGCAGGCCCAUACCUGCAUCUUCCUGGGGAUGGCCACAGUGGCCGGGUGAGUUUCCUGGGGGCCCAGCUCCCCCCUGAGGUGGCAGCCAUGGCUCGGCUACUGGGGGAGCUGGACAGGAGCACCUUCAGAAAGGUACUAAAGCUGGUGGUCAGCAGCCUACAAGGGGACGAUUGCCGAGAGGCCGUGCAGCACCUUGGGGCCAGCAGGGGCCUACCAGAGGGACAGCUGAGUACUCUGCUGGCAGGGGUACACACCUUGCUUCACCAGGCCCUGCGGCUGCCCCUAGCCAGCCUAAAACCCGAGGCCUUCCAGAACCAGCUCCAGGAGCUCUGCAUCCCUCAGGACCUGGCUGCGGACCUGGCCAGCGUUGUGUUCGGGAGCCAGCGGCCCCUCCUGGAUUCUGUAGCGAGGCAGCAGGGUGCCUGGCUGCCCCACAUGGCCAAUUUCCGGUGGCGAGUGGACGUUGCCAUCUGCACAAGCUCCCUGGCCCGCUCCCUGCGGCCUAGUGUCCUAAUGCAGAUGGAGCUCUCUGACGGGGCGGUGCACUGCUUCGAAGUCCCUACGGCCAAGUUCCAGGAGCUGAGAUAUGGCGUGGCCCUGGUCCUGAAGGAGAUAGCCGAUCUGGAGAAGAGGUGUGAGCACAAACUCCAGGACUGAGCCCAUGGGGGCAAGAUGUGUCCUUCAUUGUCAGAAACAUCUGUGCCUGUGGUUUGUUUUGAAGUAAAGCGUCCAUGAAA